CCAAUGAACUAUUUGCGUGAACUUUCCUUCACGAAAUGGCGACUUUGACAAGUACCGAUUAUUCUAAUGAUUUCGACGUUAAUUGGUAUGUUGACUCGUACUAUUCUGCAGUUUCUGGAUGUCAUGAAGAAGGAGAUUUCCUAACCUUUGUAUUAAUGGCACUGCAUGAUAUCUUCAAAGCAGGCAAUGUCCAUGGAACAACUUUGUUAGAUAUUGGCACUGGUCCAACAAUUCACAGCGUCAUUAGUGCAUGUCCAUACGUACAAAAUAUAAUACUUUCGGAUUAUUCACAAGUUAAUAGAGAAGCCUUGCAGAAGUGGAAAGAUGAAAAAGAACAGACCGGAAGUGCAUUAUGUCAAUUUGUACUCGACCUUGAAGGUGGAAAGAUUCACAAGACAGUCGCUGAACGAUUUGAAGAGAUUCGCCAGAAAACCAAAGAGAUACUUCCGGUUGAUGUGAACAAAUGGCCUCCUUUACAGCUUGGAGACGAUUGCCCUGAUAUAAUUGUCUCAAGUCUUUGUUUUGAAGCAGCAUGCCUAGAGGUUACAGACUACAAGAAAAUAGUUCAGAACGUUGGUAGUCUUAUGACCCCAGGCUGCCAGUUCGUUAUAGUCGGAGUAUUAGACCAGACAUUUUACAGAGUUGGUAAAUUCAAGUUUUCUUGUUUGAAAAUAUCCGAGUCUGAUUUAAAAGCAGUUUAUGCAACAAAUGGAUUUGAAAUAAAGUCUUGGAAAGAAUAUAUUCCUCCGCCAAGAAAUGCAGAGGAAGCUGAAUUUUCGGAUUUCCAGAAAGCGUUUGUAAUGCAUGCAGUCAAAGUAAAAUAACUCGAUCAAAAGAGGAACUUGA